GGCCGCCCCACCCCCUCCGGAGGACCCGCCCGCGGCCCGAGACUCGCUGCGCAGCUGGAAGCGGCGAGGCGUGCGCGGCGGGCGGGCGCAGCGCGGCGAAGCAGGACCGGGAGCUGUCUGCGGUCAGAAGCAGCAAUGUCCGUGAAGGUGGUGGCCCCGGGAAGCAUGGGGCUGGGCCCAGAGCACCUGAGCCCUGAGGAGCUGGUGCAACAGACGCGACAAGUGGUACAGGGGCUGGAGGCCCUGCGGGCAGAGCACCGGGGCCUGGCCGGGCACCUGGCGGAGACCCUGGCAGGACAGGGCCCGGUGGCUGGCCUGGAGCUGCUGGAAGAAAAGCAGGAGGUGGUGAGCCACUCACUGGAGGCCAUCGAGCUGGGGCUGGGUGAGGCCCAGGUGCUGCUGGCCCUGUCGGCACACGUGGGCGCGCUGGAGGCUGAGAAGCAGCGGCUGCGAGCGCAGGCCCGGCGGCUGGCCCAGGAGAACGCAUGGCUGCGGGAAGAGCUGGAGGAGACGCAGCAGCGGCUGCGGGCCAGCGAGGAGGCUGUGGCCCAGCUGGAGGAGGAGAAGAGCCACCUGCAGUUCCUGGGGCAGCUGCGGCAGUAUGACCCGCCGGCGGAGAGCCAGCAGCCCGAGUCCCCCCAUCAGCAGGACAGCCUGGCUUCCCUGUUCCCCAGUGAGGAGGAGGAGAGGAAAGGUCCCGAGGCAGCGGGGGCCAUCUCUGCUCAGCAGGGUGGCUACGAGAUCCCGGCCCGCCUUCGGACCCUGCACAACCUCGUGCUCCAGUACACGGGGCAGGGCCGCUACGAGGUGGCUGCACCGCUGUGCCGCCAGGCCUUAGAGGAUCUGGAGCGGAGCUCGGGCCACUGCCACCCUGACGUGGCCACCAUGCUCAACAUCCUGGCGCUGGUGUACCGGGACCAGAACAAGUACAAAGAGGCCACAGACCUUCUCCACGACGCCCUGCAGAUCCGGGAGCAGACACUGGGCCGGGAGCACCCCGCGGUGGCCGCCACCCUCAACAACCUGGCUGUCCUCUACGGGAAGCGUGGGCGUUACCAGGAGGCGGAGCCCCUGUGCCAGCGCGCCCUGGAGAUCCGUGAGAAGGUCCUGGGCGCCAACCACCCGGACGUGGCCAAGCAGCUCAACAACCUGGCCCUGCUGUGUCAGAACCAGGGCAAGUUCGAGGAGGUGGAGCGGCACUAUGGCCGGGCCCUGAGCAUCUACAAGGCCCUAGGCGGGCCUCACGACCCCAACGUGGCCAAGACCAAGAACAACCUGGUGAGGGCGCCUUGGGGCGUGGGUGUCUUAGUCCUGGGGCCGCGGCACUGGGGAGCACCCAUCGGCUGGAGGGUGGGAUACCACCGAGGCCAGGGGCCCCACCUCUGCCCAGCCCUCGAGCUGUCCCGUGAGACUCGGCUUCCAAGCUGGGCCCUGACUGGUGAGGUUGCUCAGCACAGAGGACACGGAAGCAUCAGGAAACAGGCAAGUUGGUGGCAGCCAGAGAACAGCUCCAGUCAAAGAGGAAGCCAGAGACGGGCUGGGAGCAGAUGAGAGCAUUUAUUGAGCUAAACCCCUUCUUAGGACUUUGCCUGUACUAUCCGUUUCUUCAAGAGCCCUAUGAGGUAGGUGCUCCCGUUGCCCCAUUUUGCAGGUGAGGAAACUGAGGCACAGAGAGGUGUGUCACUGGCUCAAGGCAGAGUGGGGAACAGGUUCCUGCUCUGAGUCAGGAAGUCACCUACCCUAUGGGAAGUAGGUGGGGUUGGGCUCCAAGCCCACCCUGCUGUCGGCCAAGGCCUGGAGUGUGGGGUAAACCUGGGUUUCUUCCUGCGGGGGCUGGAAGGAUGUGCCUGGGUGCAGUGCUGGGGCCUGGGAAGCUCCCAGGUUUGAGCCAAGAUCACCCAGGCUAUGC